AUGCAAAAACACAACCUAAGAGAACACAAUGAAACAAAAGUAAUGGAAUUCAUCCUUCUUGGCUUUCCUGGACCCCAGUAUUUACAGAUGUUAAUAUUCAUAUUCUUUGUUAUCAUGUAUAUCCUGACAGUUUUUGGAAAUAUGGCCAUCAUCAUCCUAGUUGCUACAAAUCGAUGCCUUCAUACUCCCAUGUACUUCUUCCUUUGCAACCUCUCUUUCCUUGAGAUAUGGUACACAACCUCAAUAAUCCCCAAGUCUCUUGCUGUCAUUCUUGGCAGGAGCAAAACUAUCUCCUUCACAGGCUGCAUUCUGCAGAUGUAUUUUGUCUUUAGCUUUGGGUGCACAGAAUACUUGCUGCUAUCUGCCAUGGCUUAUGAUCGAUAUUUAGCCAUAUGCUAUCCACUGCAUUACAACACCAUCAUGGAUAUCCACUUCUCUUGUAAACUGGCAGCAGCGUCUUGGAUGUCUGGUUCUUCAUCCAUUUCUGUACUGGUUUUGUUGAUCUCAAGGCUGUCCUUCUGUGGACCAAAUGUAAUUAACCACUUCUACUGCAACACUGAUUCCUGGAUAGUUCUCUCAUGCACUGAUACCCAGGUCGUUGAACUUGUAACUUUUGUGUUAUCUAUCAUUGUCAUAUUGUGUACAUUUGUCAUAAUCCUUGUCUCCUACAUAUGCAUCAUCCUGGCUGUCCUUCAUAUCCCAUCUGCCAAGGGACGGCAAAAGGCUUUUUCUACAUGUUCUUCACAUCUUGCUGUAAUUAUACUUUGGUAUGGCUCCACAAUUUUUUUAUAUGUAAAGCCAUCUAAACGAACAUCUUUGGAAAUGACAAAACUUGUGAAUAUUCUGAAUACAAUUGUGACACCCUUGUUAAAUCCCUUCAUUUAUACACUAAGAAACAAAGAUGUUAGGGAGGCCUUGAAAAGCUUAUGGCAUUGGAAAUAA